AAAAUGAUUCAGAAGAUGGAUGUGAAAUUGAUGAAGAUGACCUCUUUAACAGUCCCUUCAACAAAACUGGAACAUUUUCAUGCACUUCUGACCCAGAAAAUAUGAUGGAACUAUUGCAAAGAGUUGAAAAACUUGUGGAUAAUGCGAUGAUUGAAUUGGAGAAGAUGGAUCAGGAUUCUAAUACAAAUCUUUUGUCCAGCGAGAGCAAAGACGCAACAGAAAUUCAGGCUCAUCCAGUAAUCCCAGGAAAAUGUAUCACUGAGCGAAUGGACUGGAAAGUGGAAGAAGAGUAUAACCCAAUGUGGCCAAAUGACUACAAGGUUCUACUAGAUGAUCUAGAUAAAGAAGGUGAACAAGGGAAAGAAUAUAUCAAUUCGGUGUGCGAAAACAAAUUUUCACCACUACAUAAAAAUUGCCCAAAACAUUACGAAAUGCCAUCAAAUUCAAUUAAUGAUAGCAUUACUGAGAUUAAUAAGAUCACAAAUGUAUCGGAUCUUGAGAAAUUUAUACGUAAUUACCAGGAUGACAUAUUUAAAAUUCCAUUACCACCGAGUCCACAGAAGAUUGAAUCCUGGGAAUUUUUACCAGUUUUGUCGGAUUUAAAUUAACUUGUGAACUUUUAUGAUUUUGUUCUCAUUGAUCAUGAGAAUUUGACGAUGAAGUCCAGAACACAGGAUCUCAUAAAUUAAAGCCUAUAUUAUAUGUGCUAAAACCGAAAAUAAAGGCUCUGAACGA